AUGGAAACCAAACCGGUCAUCACCUGCCUGAAGACGCUCCUCAUCGUGUAUUCCUUCGUUUUCUGGAUAACUGGAGCAAUCCUGCUGGCAGUUGGAGUAUGGGGGAAGUUGAUGCUUGGCCCGUACAUCUCUCUGAUCGCUGAUAACUCCACCAAUGCUCCGUACGUCCUCAUUGGCACUGGGACAGUAAUCAUUGUCUUUGGCCUGUUUGGAUGCUUUGCCACUUGCAGAGGAAGCCCAUGGAUGCUGAAGCUGUACGCUAUGUUUCUGUCCCUGGUCUUUCUUGCGGAGUUGGUUGCUGGAAUAUCCGGAUUUGUGUUUCGCCAUGAGAUUAAAGGAACCUUUCAUAGGACAUACACUGAUGCAGUCAUAAACUACAAUGCUGAAGAUGAAGCUAGCCGCGCUGUUGACAAUUUGCAGCACAGGCUACGUUGCUGUGGAGUGUACAACUACACCAGCUGGUUCGGCAGUGUAUAUUACCCGUCCAAUGGUAUUCCUGCUAGCUGCUGUGCCAACUCCUCUGACUGCAACCAAGAUGACCUCCGUAAUGCAACUCUGGCCCCCACCAAAGUCUACCACCAAGGAUGCUAUGAGCUGGUCACUUCAUUUAUGGAAACUAACAUGGCCAUCAUUGCUGGAGUGACAUUUGGAAUAGCAUUUUCACAGUUGAUUGGCAUGCUCCUGGCCUGCUGUCUGUCGAGGAUUAUCACAGCCAAUCAGUAUGAAAUGGUGUAG